AUGCAAGCCUCCGCAAUCCUUUCUGCUCUUUUCCUCGUCCUACUCGCCGUCAUUGGUACUACUGUCGCCCAGUCUAACGACAACCAACUCGGCGUGUUCGAGGCGUCAAUGAUGGCAAAACGUUUGCGCGGUGAGCCAAUCCGUUUUGGCAAACGGUCCCCACGCGAGCCCAUUCGCUUUGGAAAACGAUUCAACCCAUUGCCGGACUACGACUUCCAGUAA